GUUUUUUGCUCUGACUUCUCUUCGCUUGCUGUUCCUGGUUGCGUUUACCCUUAUUGUAGUAGUUUGUCUGGAUCAGUGGAAGAACAAAAUCUGGCCUGAAAUUGGAGUGGCAAGACCUGAUGAAUUAGACAAUGAGAGCUGGGGAUACGUUCACCCUCGGCUGCUCGGCGUGCCAGAACUCUGUCACCAUUUAGCUGAAGGGUGGGUGUCUUGGACCAACUUCUUAAGUAAUCUUUUCAUUUUCAAGAGGCAGAACCCUGGAAAGUUUUGCCUUCUAGUGUGUGGAGUCUUGACUUUCCUGGCUGUCCUGGGCCGGUAUAUCCCUGGGCUCUUGCUCUCAUACUUGCUGUUGCUCUCCAUCCUGCUGUGGCCCCUUGCUGUGUACCACAGACUGGGGCAGCGCAUGUACGUGAAGCUGGAGCCAGCUCUGCAGCGGCUGGAUUUCAGCGUUCGAGGCUACAUGGUAUCAAAGCAGCGGGAGAAGCAAUUGCGUCGCCGAGCCCUGCAUCAGGAGGCUGCGGAUGAUGGGAGUGACAGUGAAGAGGAGCUUGCUGCGUUCUGUCCCAAGCUGGAUGACUCUGUGGUUGCCAAGGAGCUAACCAUUUCUGACUCGGAGCAUUCGGAUGCUGAGGUUUCCUACACUGAAAAUGGGAUCUUCAACCUCUCGAGGGGCCAGACCCCCCUGACAGAGGGAUCCGAAGACCUGGAUGGUCACAGUGACCCAGAGGAAUCCUUUGCCAGGGAUCUCCCCGACUUCCCUUCCAUAAACCCAGAAGCCACUGGCAUAGAUGACGAGGACGACACCAGCAUCGGGAUCCCAAGCCUGGCUUACCGCCCGCAGGUGACAGAUGAUCUGCACCUCCCUUACGACCAGGAGGAAGCGGUGACGCUGCCGUCGGUGCAGAACCUCACCAACAACAUAGCGGGGUUCGUCACCAGGGGGAUGAUCCAGCUCGCGCUGUCAGGAGCCCCUCAGCCCGGCUCCUCGCGCAGCGACCGUCCCCAGAGGGGUGCAAAGACUUACCUGAGAGCAGCCAGCUCAGACUUGGACACUGAUGCGGAAGGGGAUGACUUUGAACUGCUGGAUCAGUCGGAGCUGAACCAGCUGGAUCCCGCAGGCUCGCGGGGCCAGUAACCAUCCACUGCUUCCCUCUGGUUUUCUGCUGCGCGUCGUGGAGGGGAUCCCAGGAGGAAAAGCCUUGCACAGUUCUCCAGAGCGUCCCCCGUGU